CUUUCACACUCAUACUUUGGAGGGUUGUGUUUGUCACCGAUUCAUUCAGUAGUAGAAACAAUGGAUAAGAAACCCCAUGGCCGUUGCUAGACGCGAUGUUAUAUCGAUACAUCAUGAAAUCAAGGCAUCUAUGAGCAUUUCAUCACACAUUUCCUGAAAGAAACAGUGUAAUAUAAAAAGAAACAAAAUGACGACGCCGAAUGAUGACAUGGAGAUGGAGAAGAUUGCUGAAGAUGAGUUGGCGAAGUUACAGAGACAGUUCCGUAUAAUGGAGAUCGACCGCGCGGCGGUGUCGACGGGCGCGGCGCCCACACUGCGGGUGCAGAGGAACCUCAUCAGGAUCCUGCACCAGGAGCUGGAUAACAUACUGCUGGAGCUCAGGCUAACAAAAAGCAGCUCCAACCUGCUCUCAAGCGCGAAAGCGCGGGAGAAGCUGCUGCUACACCUGAAGGAGCACGCUCGCUGCUCGGCGGAGGUGCGCGAGCGGCGCGCUGCUAGCUGCGAGCUGGACCUGCUGCUGCGCCAGCUGCAGCGCGAGAUCAAGAGCCUGCAGUCCCGGGGGUCUCGGUGUGAGGAGGAAUACGCAAAGACGCUGACCAACCAGACCCUGAUCCGGCAGCUGGACGACCGGCUGGACACCGCCAUGAAGAAGCUCAACUCCGUCAACAGCGACAACUACAGGGCGCGGCUCGAGAUCGACAGGCUGCUGCGGGACCGGCAAUCUUUCAACUCCGUCUGGAAGAACCAGAUCAAGCGCCUCAUGGACGGCAAAGCCCAGAUCCUCGACCUGGUGGAGCAGGCCAUCACGACCUACGACCAGCGCGAGGAGUGGUGCGCCAAGCUCGACGCGCUGAAGGAGAAGGCUGCCGUGGAUUACAGGAAGCACUGUCUGGAAGUCCGUGAGCUCCAACGCCAGCUGGACCACAGCAUGAAGCUAGAAGAGUUCCUCCGCACCAAGGGGACAGUCAGGCUGACCGCCGCAGACGCCAAGGCCGAGGCCAAGAGGCUGGAGCGACAAGAAGAGGAGAUGCGGACCUAUAACAACUACGUCAAUAUACUUGAAGCUGUUAAGGAGUUCACAGGCGACGACGACGUGGAGAAGCUCAUCCAGGAGUUCACCCGGCGCGAGGAGGAGAACUACGCGCUCUUCAACUACAUCAACGAGGUCAACACCGAGCUCAAGCACCUGCAUGACAGCGUCAAGACGCUCCGGACCAAUAUCGAGGAUGAGCGUCAAAAGCACGAAGCCAAGAAAGAGAAAGAGCAGGACAGCAUCGAGGCUCUCAAAGCGACGUUGGAUGAGAAACAAGCAGCUACCGCGUCUGCGCAGCUCGAGAGCACUCGCUCUAAUGCCGUGCUGAAGAAACUUCUGCACCAGGUUCAUGAGCUGGCGCAGACAUCAGACUGCUCGGCGCUGCCGCUGCUGAAACUGCUCGGCAAGUCCGUGGACAUCAACGUGAGCAACGCGCGCCUCUACAUCAAGAGCCUGGAGAAGAAGAUACUCGAGAUAGUCGACAUUAUCAAGAUUGAUGAGGUCCUGACACGGCAAGCGGAGGUUAAAGAACGGACUCCACCGUCAACCAGACGCCGCCCGCGCGCCCGGGGGCGCUCCCCGCGCGACCCCCCGCCGCGGCAGAUGCAGGGCAGGUCCGGAGACAACAUGCUCAGGGCUACUUCGUAG